UUUAAGUAAAAGCACCUUCAAUUGAUAGUUUUCAGUCUUAUUAUUGUUGUAUACUUCAUUAUCGUUCUAUACAAUUUUGAAAAUGUUGUCUCUUGUGGGAAAACAACUUUUUGCUAAAAACGGAUCGGUAUUAGCAGCUGGAAGUCGUUUUUUAUCUACAGACUUUCAACACAUCUUGGUAGAUAAACGUGGCGAGAAAAAAAAUGUCGGAUUUAUCCAGUUAAAUCGUCCAAAGGCACUUAACGCUCUUUGUGAUGCUUUGAUUAAAGAAUUGAGCCAAGCUUUAAAUGAGAUGGAAAAAGAUAAAGAUAUCGGGUCUGUUGUAUUGACCGGAUCAGAAAAAGCUUUUGCCGCCGGUGCCGAUAUCAAAGAAAUGUCUGAAGUUAAAUUUGCUGAAGCCUUUUCAACUAACUUUUUAUCAGGCUGGGACUCUGUUGCCAAAUUUAAAAAACCAUUGAUUGCCGCUGUCAAUGGAUAUGCACUUGGUGGUGGUUGUGAAUUGGCUAUGAUGUGUGAUAUCAUUUACUGUGGUGAUAAAGCCAAGUUUGGUCAGCCUGAAAUUGCCCUUGGAGUUAUCCCUGGUGCUGGUGGAACUCAAAGGUUACCCAAAGCCGUAGGUAAAUCAAGAGCAAUGGAAAUGGUUUUGUCAGGAUUGCCAAUUACAGCCCAAGAAGCAGAACACUGGGGUCUGGUCAGUCGAGUUUUUCCUGCAGAUAAACUUGUUGAUGAAGCAAUCAAACUUGGUGAAAAGAUAAGCUCACAGUCUAAAUUGAUUUCUAUGAUGGCAAAAGAGGCUGUCAAUAAUUCUUUCGAGACAACUUUACAACAAGGACUUAAAUCAGAGUUACGGUAUUUCCAUGCUGCUUUUGGAACUCACGAUAAAAUGGAAGGAAUGAAAGCUUUCAUUGAAAAACGUCCUGCAGGAUUCAAAGACGAAUAGAAUGAUUAAAGUUUUUGUGGAUUUUGAUACUUUGACUUUUUUAAAAGUGGAAAAACAAAUUUGUAUUCAAUAUCAAAAUUAAUCAAAUAUGCAAUACUUCAACUCUGUAAUUGUUAAUGAAAAUUUAAGAAUGCAGAAAGCAGUCAUUGUUAUCGAAUGCAAGGAAAAGUAUAAUGUUAAGGAAUUUUUGCGUGUCAACGCUUAUGUUAUUGAACUUGUUUUUUGUUAUCUAUAAUAAUUCUAGCUUUUAUGAUAACAUCUGUGCUCAAAUAAAGAUGGUUUAGAAAACCUUAAAAUUCUUACUGAAAA